AUGACCCGGCAAAAAGUUCUGCAAAGAGUCGACAAUCAACGACAAAAACAAGAACGUGAAUUAGAUGAUCGUCGUUAUCAACUGGAGCAAGAUCAGACGCACGAGUUACAUUUACAAGAUGUUUUCAAAACUUAUAUUCAAGAUAUUACUAUCGUUCUGUUCAAAGUAAAGCAAUCGUUUGUCGACAACCAUACUAAAUUAGCUUACAUACGUAGCAACACAUUAUUAACACUAGACGAACUAGAUGCUUCACGAAAAUUACGUGUGUUUACUUUUCUCUAUGAAAGCGAUUUGCUUCCUCGAAUUCUUUCGUCAUAUGGGAGUAGUGAUGCAGAUAUCUCGCUUGAUCUAUCAGGCGCAGAUUUAGCUAGCAUUUUUCUUCUAAGUUCAUCGUAUAAAAAGUUUGAAUUUCAUAAAUUAUCUUUAUCAUCGGUUAAUUUAGUGAAUGCAUCAUUCAUUUUAUGUCACUUUCGAAAUGGUGUUUAUUUCACUAGUUCAGCAUUAAUUAAUACAAGUUUUACACGUUCAAAUUUUGAAUGUAGAAGCUUGUAUGAUGAUGAUAGCUACUCUGUUAAUGAGCCGCAUGUCUUUUUUGAUCACUCAACAUUGCAUGCAGCUGAUUUUGGUGGUUCUUAUCUACGUGAAGUUAGCUUCAAUUUUGCGAACAUGUCGAAUGUUAAUUUCAAUGGAGCAAAGUUUGAAGAGAGUAUUCAGUUUGAAGGCACAACUUUAACAAAUGUAGAUUUUCGUCCAUCUGAUCUCAGAUAUCCCCUAUAUACAACAUUUUUUAACACCGAUUUGCGCGGUGCUUUGUUUAACAUUUAUCUUCUUGAACAAAUUGAUCGUGGUAAUUUGAAGAUGAAUAACGCUAUUCUUUGGAAUGGAACGUGGUCAAUGAAUAAAAAUCUACAAAAGUCAUACUAUAAAACAUCAUUUUCCGAACAAGUUUCCAAUGAUGUUUUAUAG